CACGGCACGCUGCUGUUUCCUUACUCAGACAGCGGCGGCUGUGUCAUGUGACAGCAAGCACACAGCACUGGAAGGAGACGCCGCUGCUGCUGCAGUGUCCUGUAACCACCGGCAAUGUCCUGGUACCGGGCGCCGCUCCCUCUGCUGGCCGCCCUGCUGCUUCUUCAUCCCGAACAGCCAGCCGGGGCUGCGGCCAGAGUGACGUAUGAGCCCACCUGGGAGUCCCUGGAUUCCCGGCCCAUUCCUGACUGGUUUGAUGACGUCAAGUUUGGAAUCUUCAUUCAUUGGGGCGUAUUCUCCGUACCCAGCUUCGGGAGCGAGUGGUUCUGGUGGUAUUGGCGAGGAGAAAAGUCAUGGCCUUAUGUAAAUUUUAUGUCAAAUAAUUACCCCCCCAACUUCAGUUACGAAGACUUUGGGCCUCAGUUUACAGCAGAGUUCUAUGAUCCGCAACAGUGGGCAAGCACUUUAAUGGCAUCAGGGGCCAAGUAUGUUGUCCUUACGUCAAAGCACCAUGAAGGUUACACCUUGUGGGGUUCCAAAGUCUCAUGGAACUGGAAUUCUGUGGAUGUGGGUCCAAAGCGUGACCUUGUUGGGGAGCUGGCUGAGGCCAUCAGGCAAACCACAGACAUGCACUUUGGACUUUAUCACUCUCUUUUUGAGUGGUUCAACCCUCUUUUUCAACUUGAUAAAAAUAAUCUUUUCCAGACGCAUUAUUUCCCAGAUGCUAAAACUUUGCCCGAGUUAUAUGAGAUUGUUACGAAAUAUAAGCCGGAAAUCCUUUGGUCAGAUGGAGAUGGUAAUGCCCCUUAUACUUAUUGGAACAGCACUGGUUUUCUGGCUUGGCUGUACAAUGAAAGCCCAGUUCGAGAUAUUGUUGUAACAAAUGACCGCUGGGGAUCCGGCUGUAUAUGUAAACAUGGGGGCUAUUACACAUGUAGUGACCGCUAUAACCCUGGACACCUACUACCCCACAAAUGGGAAAACUGCAUGACCAUUGACCAGCGCUCUUGGGGAUACCGAAGGAAUGCUUUAAUCUCUGACAUGCUGACCAUUGAACAACUGGUGCAGGAGUUAGUUGAGACUGUAUCCUGUGGUGGAAACUUACUGAUGAAUAUUGGUCCCACUCAUGAUGGCAGAAUCCCUGUGAUAUUUGAGGAGCGCUUAAAACAGAUGGGAACGUGGCUUAAAGUCAAUGGGGAAGCUAUUUAUAGUACACAGCCUUGGCGAGCACAGAAUGAUUCUGUAACUCCAGGAGUUUGGUAUACAUGUAGACCCAAAGAACAGUCUCUGUAUGCUGUAUUCCUGAAAUGGCCCGUCAGCUGGAAAUUACUACUUGGGGAACCGAGAGCUACCAGUGGACAGACAGAGGUUCAACUGCUUGGAUAUGACAGGAACCUUAACUGGGCAUCACUAGGAGAGAAAGGAAUGGCUGUAUCGCUGCCUGUACUCGGCCCCUCACAAAUGCCUGCCCAGUGGGGCUGGGCUCUCAAGAUCACCAAGCUGAAUGAAGUUAUAAAAUCUUCUUGACUGACACAGCUGGGGACACUGUAAAUGUUUAAAUACGUCUUUAGGACAUCAGCAGAUGCAACUCAGGAAUUUUUAAAAAUGAAAACCACUUUAGUGUGAAUGUAAAAAUUAUUAUUUUAGUAUGUAUGUUGAUACAAUAUUUAGUUAAUUACCAGUUAAGAUUUAUUAUAAAAGAGAAAAUGUAGUAUUAUACUUAACACUAACAGCAAUAGGUAAAAAUGUAUGGAUUUUUUUUUUUUUUUUACAUGAUUUGAGGAACAUACAGUUAUAAGUAUAUUGUAGACUUUUGAAAUUGACCCUGUUCUUAAAUUAACAUGGUUUAUUAAUAAAUUCUCUAUUUAGAGUUUUCAACUCACUGUACAUAAUUCUGGAUGUGGAGGAACCAUAUAGCUUAUCCACAAAAGCUAAAUGUAUUUUUCUUGACAAUGCUCACUUACAGUAGCACUUUAACGCGCUUUCCUUUAGUCCCCCAUUUCAGCCACCCACUCCCAUGCAAUUUCCGUGUGACUGUAUGCUUACAACUCCAGAUUGUACAGUACUAGCGGCCAUGGGGCUUUACCCCACUACCCCCAACAGCGAUUGACUAUUUCUCUGCACAGCAGUUUAACCUGUUAAGACCCAUUGUCCUAUUAAUAUGACAUACAUUGUGCACAAUAAAAUACUAUUCAUAGAUACAGUCUUUGUAUACAUAUAGACACAAUGUCCUAUAUAUACGACAAUAGGAUUUUAAUUACCUAGCGGUAAAUCCUUUUCUCGUAGUCCAUAGAGGAUACUGGGGUCCACAUUAGUACCAUGGGUAUAGACGAGUCCACUAGGAGCCUUAGGCACUUCAAGAAAUCAAUAGUGUGCACUGGCUCCUCCCUCUAUGCCCCUCCUACCAGACUCGGUCUAGAAACUGUGCCCGAGGAGACAGAUAUAUCUUGAGAGAAGGAUUCAGAAAAAGAGAGUGGUGAGAUUCGAACCAGCACACACAAACAAGAAGAAAACCAUGUCAACACAACAUGAACAAGAACAGCAACAGCUGAUCCAACAAUAAUACUUGACCAAGUAACCCUGCAGGAAACACGAAGCACUGGGCGCGCGCCCAGUAUCCUCUACGGACUACGAGAAAAUAAUUU